UUAUGGUUUCUGGAAAAUAGUGAGUGUUGUCUGUGAGUGACAUUUUGAGCUUCAAAUUUGCCAUCCUAACACUAUACCAAUCAACAUUUAUACAACUCAAGAACAAUUUGGUGGCCAUAAAAAUGGCUUCUUUCCACGCCCUAAUCCCUUGGAAUCCAUUGUUCAGACCCAAUUCUACACCCACUGCCACUAGUACUAUUUUUAAUUUCAACAAUGGGAUUGGAACCCAUUCAUUCAGUUGUAAAAUUCAUGGUGGGUGCAGAUUUUAUUGGAAUUAUGGAAAAAGUUUCGAUCUUUUUGCGCCUACUUCUUCCAAUGGUAACAGACUGGAGGCAGCAGCAGCUGCUGCUGCGGAUAAAGAAUACGAGGAUGAAGAAUUUAUUGUGGUUAAUUUUUACCGUUUUGUGUUUGUCAAAGACCCUGAAGAGGAGCUCUCUAAGCACCUCCUUUUUAUGAAGGAUCGUAACAUACAUGGUCGCAUAUACUUGAACGAACAAGGGAUUAAUGCUCAGUACAGUGGACCAUCAAAAGAUGCUCUUGCAUAUGUUGAAUGGGUUAAGGAAGAUCCCAAGUUCUCCGACAUAUUGGUGCAGAUCUCUCCGGCCAUAAACGGCCAUGCUUUCCCAAAACUGAAAUUGCGUUACAAGCCUUCACUUGUACAGUUGGAGGAGGGCAUUUCACAUCUCCCUUUGCUCGAUCCAUCAAUGCGGGCUACACCUCUUACACCUUCUGAAUGGAGGAGCAAACUGGAGGAAGCAAAUAAGAUUGAAAAUUCAUUGGAUACAUCAAACUCCAACUUUGUGCUACUAGAUGUGAGAAAUGGUUAUGAAUGGGACGUUGGGCACUUCAAGGGGGCUCAUCGUCCUGAUGUGGAUUGCUUCAGGAGCACUUCGUUUGGCUUAUCCGAAUCCGAGACAGAGGUUAGACCUUCAGACCCUUUAGCUGAUGCUGAUAAAGAGAAGACAGAUGUAUUGAUGUACUGUACAGGUGGCAUUCGCUGCGAUGUAUACUCCACAAUUCUUAGACAACAGGGUUUCAAAAGAUUGUAUACUCUAAAGGGAGGCGUCUCUCAUUAUCUCGAGAAUGAAGGUCCUGUGGGAUGGGAGGGGAAUCUAUUUGUUUUCGACUCCCGUCUCUCUCUGCCACCUUCUACAUACAAGCCAGAAGCCGGUUCACAGCAACAAGUGUCUCACUCAUUUGCAAAAUGUUACAUAUGCUCGUCUCAAGUCUCCGAGUUAAGGCACCGGAACUGUGCGAAUCUUGAUUGCAACCUGCUCUUCCUAUGCUGUUCGGAGUGUGUGGAUGGUUUGAGAGGAUGCUGCUGCGUGAAGUGCACUGGUGCUCCUCGUCUGAGGCCCGUGCUACCGGGGUACCAAAGAUACCAGAAGUGGCAUACUUAUCGAGACGUUGAGCUGCAGAGCCGGUGAAAUCGCACAGGAAGAAGGUAACUGUGAUGAGAACAAGAAUGGCAAUUGUUAGUGGAGAUUGAUUUGUUUGGUUUCGGAGAGGAGAGGCAGCCAUGUUUCUGAUGAUUGGAGCUUCUCCAAGCACAAAAUAUGAUUUUUGUGGAAUACAUUGCAAUGCAUUUCCAUAAAAUAGAUGUUGAGAAUUUCGGUAUAGUGUCA